AUGCCUGCGCGAACCACGUCUCUGCCCUGCUGCUGCACCAUCGCGCGCGCCAUCACCCCCCCCAGCAACCCCGCACCCGCCAAGCCCCCCGCUGCCAGCGCACCCCCUGCUGCCACCCUUUCGUAUGACACGGCGGAGGAGGAGGGGGCGGAGGAGGAGGGGGCGGAGGAGGAGGGGGCGGAGGAGGAGAGAGCGGAGGAGGAGGGAGCGGAGGAGGAAGACGAAGAGGAGAGGGAAGAGGACGAGAGAGAGGAGGAAGAGGAGGUGAAGGAAGAGGAAGAGGACGACGAGGAGGAGCGGGAAGCGGAGGAGGAAGAGGAAGAGGAGGAAGAGGAGGACGAGGAGGAAGGGGAGGAAGAGGAGGAAGAGGAGGAAGAGGAGGAAGAGGAGGAGAAAGAAGAGGAGGAGGAAGCGGACGACGACUGUGGCAGAGCGGAGGAGAGAGCAGAAGCAGUUGCAUUGAACAAGUAG